CCAAGGGUUUCGCAUCGUUUUUUGUUCUGGCGGAUGACGAUUCUAUUACCUACGAGACGGUUACCGUUGGAAAAGUUCUUUCCUAUUCUAUUUCCGAAUGUGUCGGGAUGCGCGCGCCCGGUUUUCCACCAAUUAGGUGAUGAUUGUGUUAUUCUACAGGAUGGCCACCCUUAGGCGGGUUUCGGGCGGUUAACAGGUGUUUCCGGUAGUCGCGACUAAUCGAGCGAGCGAGUGAGUGGAAGAGAUGUGAAGCGCAAUCAGAUGCAGAAAGUGAAGUUCAAGAGCAAGUUCGACACGUGUGUUUGUGAUUGGAUAAAACAGCUGAGCUGAGCCAGAGAAGAUUACGCAUAUGAGAAUAACUGGUGUUUAUUGUGCUUGAUUUAUGUGCCAUUAACGAAAGCUAGUAUACUGUGGAGAAAGGAAGAUAUAUUAAUGUUCUGAGCUUUGAAAAUGUUGUGAUUGACUAAAAGAGCUACCUUCUUCGCUGAUUGAUGCAAAUAAUGAAACCGUCGUCUGCAAACGAGACACAUCGGAAGCGACAAGUAACUGCACAAGGCAAAACCAGAGUAACAGUAAGCUGAAACACAGAACGGUAGUGCAACAACUUUACAACGAUCCAUUCAGCCAUCCAUCUCGAGGAGAAAUCUGCGAAUUAUGAUAAUGAGACGCGAUUGAAUGCCGAAUGAAGAACAAACACAAAAACGAGUGCCAAUGAAUUGUCGGAAUGGUUACAAUUGUCACCUUUGAAAGAGAAGAAAAUACGCGUGCCGUGGUGGGUGUUGAAUUUUAAAUACUCAAUCGGUUGUCCGUCGAGACCUUAAGGUUUCUCACUCUCAUUAUGUGCAUGUGUCAAUAUGAACCGUGAUCGAACUCGAGUUCGAUUACCCUAAGCCAGCAGAGUGCCAGCGUCAGUGUGCUGUAUGCGAAUGCAACCUGCGACCUACAUGCAGCCUAGGAAAAUUAUGAUUAGCACGACCCGAACAAAAUCAAUGUUAGGUAUCUCAAACUUCGUCGUUGUCGCACCAAAGUGUCGUUGGUUGAAUGAAUAAUUAUUGUCUUAUUAGACUGCAUCAGCCGUUUGAUCGCGCUGUACAUACCUUCGUUAGAAGAAGAAAAAAAUCGUGGCUCAGUGUCUCGUGCCCGGGGAAGGAAACCCGUAAUUAAGACCCCGCAUGUUGUUUGCCCUCAAAGCGCACCUCGAAGACGUCGAAUUACGUGAUUGUAAGUUUCAAGAAGCCCAAGCGCUCAGAAGCAUGUGUAGUGCAACAUCUAUUGGUUGGUCGAUGAUCGUCAAUUUACGCGUAUGACGAACUUAUGCAACAGGCGAAGUGCAUCGAAUGAUGCUGUUGCAUUGUGCAGUUAAGAUAAACAAGCAGUAGCAGCAGCAUCAAUUCAUACAUCAGAAGAAAAUCAUUUGCCGGUUUAUGUGAACUUGAAGACAAGCGAAACCGUAUGAAUGAGCAAAUUGUGGCCAGUAUAGAGUUCGUGAUGUACGACUAUUUAAGAUGUGACAGCUCGUGAUUGAAUCAAUUUGGCAUACAUCACAGUUCGUUUCCCAACUUCUAGCGUACGGUCAUACCAUCACCCUAAUGCCAUCUAGCGGUUCCGGGUGGAUUUUGUCACAUAGCAACAGAUUGCAACGGCUCAAUGCUGCAAUCCGAUGAGAGGUGCAGUGUCAACUCUGAUGCUCGACGGGACAAUUUCCGAGUCGCCACCGGCAGCAGAGUAAAGCAACGUAAGACAACAAACAACAACAGUCAUUACAGCAACCCAGCGUUGGCUCAAUUAGACGCCCGUUGGGUCAUAGCUAGAUAUACCAAAUAGAUAGCCGGAGAAGUUCAGUAGGUACAUACAAACACACAAAGCCGGGAACAACACGACCUUGACGGAACGAAACAGGGAAAGAAGCCGGACAGAACCCAUCACAAGCAAGCGCUCCAAAGUGGAACAUAGUCGUACAAAACUCAACGCAAGAAUAUUAAAAAGUGAAGAGCCAAAAGCAUCAUUCUUUGCCAGAUAUCAACCAAACACACAAACCCAGUUUAGCCACCAGUAGUAGUAGGAGGAACGAUACGUCCUCAAACCAAAAUAAAAAAAAAUGACAUCCUCAACAACGACGGACGCAACCGAUUCGGAGUUCGACCAGAGGAAGCUUCAAUGCUUGGAAAUGCUCAACGCAACCACCGAAUUCACCACAACCCGGUCUGGACCUUUCUGCAGGGGAACCUGGGAUGGUUGGCUCUGUUGGCCGGAUACUGCGGCUGGCGAAUCUGCACUGCUACCCUGCCCAGAUUUCAUGGAUGGAUUCGAUCCAACAAGAUUCGCACACAAAGACUGCGAUGAGGACGGAGAAUGGUUUAGGCAUCCACUGACCAACAGAACUUGGUCCAAUUACACAACCUGCGUUAAUUUGGAUAAGCUCGAGUGGAUGGAACAAGUGAGAACGAUAUACGAAACGGGAUACUCGAUUUCGCUGAUAGCCCUCAUCUUAUCGCUUGGUAUUUUAAGUUACUUUAGGUCACUGAAAUGCGCUCGCAUUACGCUACAUAUGAACCUGUUUGCGUCGUUUGCCUCAAACAACACACUCUGGCUGCUGUGGUACCGGAUGGUGCUGGCAGAUCCGGAAGUUCUCAAGCACAAUGGGGCGUCCUGCAUCACACUGCACCUGGUGCUGCACUACUUCCUCAUCACCAACUACGCGUGGAUGCUCUGCGAAGGAUUCUAUCUGCACACGGUCCUGGUGUCGGCAUUCGUUUCGGAGAAAAAACUCGUCAACUGGCUUGUGGUCCUCGGAUGGACCACACCGGGGAUCGUGAUCAUGGCGUAUGGAUUUCUGCGAGGAUACGCCGGUACCCCGGAGGAUACGAUAGAGUGCUGGAUGAACGAAAGCGUGUAUGAUAACGUUUUCAAGGCACCGGUGUGCAUCUCGAUGCUGCUCAAUUUGCUAUUCCUGUGCAAUAUCAUACGAGUAGUUCUGCUGAAGUUGAAAGCUCCUGCGGGACCGCAAGGUACCGGGCCAUCGAGAACCAUACUGCAAGCGUUCAGAGCCACUCUGCUGCUAGUUCCGCUUCUUGGCCUACAGUACAUAUUGACUCCGUUCCGACCCGAUCCUGGACAUUCUUAUGAGCGAACGUACGAAAUUAUAUCGGCGUUCACGGCAUCAUUCCAAGGUCUAUUCGUAGCCGUCCUGUUCUGUUUCUUCAACGGAGAGGUUAUCGCACAAGUGAAACGGAAAUGGCGCACCGUGUUCUUGCGGACUCGAACCAAUUCCUACACCGCAACGCAAGUGUCCUUCAUUCGUAGCGGUCCGCCUAUUCCCGGCGAAGAGAAGGUCUGACUAAAAGAGUACGCCAGCGGCAAUAGGUCUCCCCAGCCAACGAGCUUGAACCCCGUUAACGAUCGGAGUUUUUCGGGAAAUCCAACGACACCAACGGGUUUGGAAGGUAAGAGCAACGGUAAUGGACCGGACUUAUCGGUUGACGUGUCGAAAGAUGACGCAAUCUUUGGAGACGCCAAAGCAAAGAUCAAUGGAGCUUCCGCCCAUAUCGAAGAACGGCUCGGCACAUGGCGGAGAGGUUCAAUUGAGUGUAGACAUGUGAAGUUACCUCUUCUGGAAGCGCAACACAGGGAAAACGAUGGGGAUCGUGAGGGAGAGGCUGAACAAGCUUCGCAACUUUUCGUCGAGCCGGCUCCGGCAGAUGAAGUGUUGUGAACUCUCGUUAGAACACAAAUGUAUCGAAUUAAUGAUAGGUGAAUUUAUUAGCUUAAGGUUCAAAGAAUUUCGAAUAUGUACAAUGAUGUAGUCAUUCUAAGCUUAGUCUUACUAUUGUGACCGGUGGAAACCCACUUAACUACGCGUAGUUUUUAUUUUAACGUUCUUAAACGCUUCAAUUUUUUUGUAGCAAAUACACAAACACACUCCACCUGUUGAGGGAUAAAUGUGAUCAUGGUGCAAAAUAAAACUUUUUGAUUCGUGUGG